CUACGGCUUGGUAGAGACAGCAGUGGUGCAAGUUCUGGUGGAUUACAUUUCCGAUCUGUUGGGGGGCACAAAUCUUCGCAUAUAUGCGGCAAUUGUGAACCUAAUGGACGGAUUGUGCUCGGUUUUGAUCAUUGUUGUAGCUUACCUGGCAGAUACCUGCAUAGGUCGUUUCAGAAUGGUCUUGCUUUGCACUGCUGCCUAUAUCGUUGUGGGAAAUCCUCCAUUUGAGAGGCUUUGUGUAGCCGUGAUGCUAAUAGGAAUUGGGCAAGCAGGACGGAAACCAUCUUUAAAAGCAUUCCUUGCUGAUCAAUUGAAGAAGAGGGUCCAAUGUCUGAGCCAAGCUGAUCAAGAAGUGGAAGACCUUAUAAGACAUUGGUGGCGGUUUUUUCGCUUUUGGGCUGCUGCUGCUGCAUUUCUGGUCGCCGGAUUUCGUGGUUCUUGGCCGAUUAGGCUCACAGUUUCAGCGAGCGUGAUGGGAGAUACUUUUAUAUUGCUUUUGUUGGGUAUCCACCACUACCAUUAUAUACCACCAACGGGUAGCCCCGCUUUCGCUUUGGCUUAUCGACAUAUUUCGCGAAGUGAAGGGUGUUAUAUUUAA